AUGAAAAUACCCUCCCAGCUGCUGAUGCCGCUGCUGCUCCUUGCAGUAGCGGCACCAGCGGCUCAGUUGAUCUUGCCCGCGAUUGCUGAACAACGGGGACUGGAAGCGCAGCUGCAGCCGAUAGCACAUCCGGGCUGCCAGGACAAGUGCGGCGAGAUGAGCAUCCCCUUCCCCUUCGGCAUGGGGAAGCCCGGGUCUGGGUGCUUCCUUCCUGGAUUCGAGGUAUACUGCCCCUCUUCAUACCAUCCCCCCCGCGCCUUUCUUAGGUACAACGUCAGCGGACCAUUACACCUGAUGAGCAUCGGGAAGCACAGGUUCAACGUCGCCGGAACUGUUUCGGCCGAUUCGUACGAGUGGGUAGAGCUCAUGGACAUAUCAGUCGCGGACAACGAGGCGCGGGUAUACAGAGUUGUCAGCUCCGACUGCAGCACAAAUUCUACGCAUUUCACCGCCAAGUUACAAUACACAAGGCUCGGGGACGAGGGCCCGUUCCUCCUGUCGGCGACGCGCAAUGUCCUUAUCGGUGUCGGCUCCAACGUCGAGUCUUACAUGGUGAGUUACCUCGGGGAGGCGGAGAAUGAGACGAAGGCCUACAUGCCGUCCUGCCUUUCCAACCUCAUGGGGAACCUGGAGUACGCGACCAACGGUACGUGCUCAGGGUUGGGAUGCUGUCUGGCCGACUUGCCCAAGAAAACGGACCCCUUUUCCAGGUUUGGAGUCUCGUUCAUGCCCCGGCAGAAUUUUCUGUGGGAAACCACUCCGUGCUUCUACGGCAUGUUGGUGGACAAAUCCUGGUACAACUUCUCUACGCUUGACUUGAACGGCCUUGGGGCGCUAUACCCCAGGGGCGUACCCAUCGUCCUGGAUUUCGCCGUCAGAAACCUUGGCUCGUGUCCAGCGGAAGGACAGGAGCCACCUCCGGGCUACGCCUGCGUAAGCGGCAACAGCACCUGUGCUAACACAUCCGGAGGCGCCUAUGUCUGCAAGUGCUUACAGCAUUACGAUGGCAACCCUUACAUCGCUGGUCGUGGUGGAUGCACAGACAUCGAUGAGUGCGCCCUCCCUGAUUCAUAUAAUUGCUCGCCUGACGGGAUCUGCAGCAACAGGCUGGAAGGCUACGACUGUCCAUGUAAACCUGGAAUGAAAGGCGAUGGCAAAAAGGGUCAUUGCGCAGAAAUUUUCCCUCUGGCAGCAAAGGUGGUUGUCGGUUUUGCUGCCUUGAUUGUUGUACUUGUCCUCAUGGUUAUGGCUCGUCAACUCCUGAAACUAAAGAGAUUCUAUGAGCAAAAUGGUGGACCAGUACUAAAAAGUGUAAAGAAUAUAAGGAUCUAUAGAAGGAAACAAAUGAAACAAAUAACAAAUAACUACAAUCGUAUCAUUGGAGAAGGACACUUCGGCAAGGUUUAUUUUGGGACACUCGAGAACAAACAACCAGUCGCUAUAAAAAGAUCCAUCAAGGUUGACAAGGAAAUGAAGGCAGAAUUCACUGGUGAGGUCAUAAUACAAUCUGAAAUGAGGCACAAGAACAUUGCUAGGCUCCUAGGCUGUUGCUUAGAGAUGGAUGUUCCAAUGUUGAUGUACGAGUAUGCAUCAACAGGGAGUCUAUAUGAUAUUCUCUUUGGAUCAAGACGCAUAAAUGUCAUACCCGUAGGUAUACGCCUGGGAAUUGCUGCUGGUUCAGCUGAAGGCCUAACAUACAUGCAUUCGGGGACUAACGCUAGCUGA